GCGGGGAAACACGCAAACACACCUUGUUUUAUCGGGCCGUGGUAUAUUAACGGCUCUCUGCGUUCACCUGGAGCCGCUCGUCUGAUGUGCUGGAAUUUAUAGGAGCGAGCAGAACUAAUCAGGACCAGAGCAGCGGCUGUGACAGCGUGUAGUCCAGUGGCUGCAAUGAAACCCCAGGACGUUCUGAAGGAGAAGAGCAGCCUGUGGAUAUUCGGAUAUGGAUCAUUAGUGUGGAAGCCGGACUUCGCGUACAAAGGGCGCAAAGUUGGACACAUCAAAGGAUACAAGAGGCGCUUCUGGCACGGAGAUGACUUUUACCGAGGCGACAAGGAAAAGCCGGGCAGAGUGGUCACACUGGUGGAGGAUCAGGAGGCCUGCACGUGGGGCGUGGCCUAUGAGGUGACGGGCUCCCAGGCUGAGGACUCGCUCCAGUACCUGAACAUGAGGGAGGUUGUGUUGGGGGGGUACAUGAUGGAGACCGUGGAGUUCAUUCCUAAGGAGAAGGGGCAGUGUCCGGUGCUGGCUCUCGUCUACAUCGCCACAUCCGACAACCCCAUCUACCUCGGCCCCGCCCCCCACGGCGAGAUCGCCGCCCAGAUCGCCCUCUGCCGCGGCAGCACGGGCCUCAACAUAGAGUACCUCGUGCGCCUGGCGGAGUUCAUGAGGCUGCACUGCCCGGACGUGGAGGACGAACACCUCUUCUCUAUUGAAGCCGCGGCUUUGAACAUUUUUUCCCGACUUUGGUGAGAUUGAGCCUCGAGACCACAAAUCCCUCCUGCUGGGAACGGCAGAGAAGUCAGAGGUGUCGGCAGGUGAAGACGGACCUUUCUGGACGUCAGUGAAUAUUAGGUGACCUCAGAAGCACGUGAUGCUUUUUAGCAGCAACACUAAGAGACUGAUCACCUGUUUGACCCAAUGACCUUUGUUGUAAAAAGGUAUAAAACUGUAUCAUUCACUGUGUACAAUUAUGUUUUUUUAAUAAAAGCACCAACGCCUACAAUAAGUAAA